AUGACCUCCCUCUCUCAGUACGCCUCUCGUUUCCUCUCCUCGGGUCUCGCCACGUCCGUACGUCCAAGUGUCGAUGCCGAUCAAGACGCCAACGAUCCCACCGAUCCGCUCUUUUACAGCCACGCUUCCGUAUCUGGCGCUCCCUUUUCGCAUCCUAACAAUCGGCACAACCCCUACGGUCCAGAUUAUAGCCUCUCCAGCUCUGACGGCCUUCCCACUCCUCCAGCACAUGGCAGAUCAGCUGCGCAGAGCGGCAUCCUACACAGCCUCACUGGCGCCAGUCGCUUCGGUCCUGCCUCCUUUCUCGCUUCCGGCCGCCGAAAACAGGCUGCCACCCCAGCAUAUGGAAUCCGCGAUUCGCUCAUCCGUGAGAUUGACGACGAGGACGAUGUCGAUCUUUGGCGCGACGAUCGACGCAUGCCACGUCUAGCCUCUCGUCUUGCAGAAAGCUCACACUCCGAAGACAUUUCUGACAGCCUAGAGGCUCUCACAAACGCCGCCCUUUCGCCCCGACAAGCAGCUGUGGAUGCGCUGCCCAGCGCCUCCUCGUCGACCUCCAUGCAUGCCGCUCCAUCUUCCUCGAAAGCACCAAGUGCAUCGCGUCGCAGUGCACACAACGACACACAGGAUCCGUUCCUUGCCGAUGGAGACCUUGAUGACGACGCCAGCCAGCACAGUCUUGCCAGCACCAAGGAGCAUCUCACCUCUGAACAUCCCUCUCUCCCAAACUCCGUGCACGAUCAGAACCCUCUUUAUUCGCCUCCCGAAUUCUCCAAUCCACCCACAGUCGCUCAAUUUCAACGCCGCGAAGCUGCAAGGGCACGAGGCUGGCUUGCCCAUGGAUCCACCAUCGAUACCGAUUCAGCUCCUACCCGCAACUCAGCGCACCCCACUUCGCGCUAUAGCCACAGACACCAGCUGCAAGAUGUCUCCAUCUACUCGCACACCUCUGAAGCCAAUCGCGCUCAUGCUAAAGCGCCACGCUCUCAUCGAAAACGAGAAAAGGGUCUCUUCAGCAUUUACGAUCAACGCGAGGACGAGGAUGAGGUUGAGCAUGAGGACGACCAAGACCGAUCCGACAUGUCGCGUUCUAGAUCUGGUUCAAUUUCAGCCUCCUCGGUCACAGAUUCCGACUACGACACCGAGAGCGAGGCUCGUCGCGGUCAACCCAACCGUCGCAUGUCGCGCAACCGUGCUCGCCAGAUGGCAUCCACCCUGCGUGAGCCUCUGCUACCGUCUGGCUCUGGCAGCGCACGCCCCCUGAGGAUCGCAAUCAGACACGCCUCCGACUCUGAAGCUUCGGAUCUCGAUGCACAACCUCAUCGCAACAGUCGACAACAGCGCCAUUCACGUCGUGGCGCCACCGGGUCGACCACUCCCAAGCGUCAAGAACACACCACUGACGAGAUUCACCUGUAUCCUGCGCCUCCUGCUAGGGCAGGAUGGGGACCCUGGGCCAACCGCCUCGCCUUUGGCAAGUAUCGCGAUAAGACCGCCAUCGCAAGCUUCGCUGCCGCCAUUGGUGCGACCAUCCUGAUCGGAACAUAUCUCAGCUGGGGCGCUCGCAGUCCCUCGCAGCCAAAGACCCCCAAGACGCGACCGUCUUCGUACUACACCAUCACCCGCUCACUGCCCAUCUUGAUCUUGCUGACGCUGCUUUCAUUUGCGGCCGGUGUUGGAAAUCUCCUCUUGCUCCGCAACCUGAGCCGCUUUGGUGGCGCCAAAGUGUUGCGUACCGGCUUGAUGGGCGUUCCUGUCGUGCUGGGACUUGGAUGGGCGUGGGCGUUUGCUGGAAGCUUCAUCUACGACGAUGAGGCCUGGUCGGGUGGCGGAUGGAGUACGACGGGUCUGCGCAUCAUUUCCGUCCUCCCCUUGGCGCUUGCCAUCCUCUUUGCUCGCAUGGUAUGGCAGAGGCGUAAGGCGCUUUCGCGCUCGAUCGCCGUGCUCGAACUAUCGUGCAGUGUCGUAUUACAGCAUCCUGCCUUGCUGGUACUGGCUUUGGCGUCGCUAGGUGUGUUUGCACUCGCCACGAUCCCAUUCCUCUACAUCUUUACUCGGCUCUUCCUGUUGGGCCAUUUUGGUCGGCAGGUGGGCGACUCGAUCGAGUGGCAGACCGACACAAAGGCGGCCUGGCUCGCAUGGGCUACGCUUUGCGCCUGGCUAUGGACCUGGGCUGUUUUGCGCGGCGUCCAGCGUGUGACGGUGGCUGGUGUAGUGAGUCACUGGUACUUCCAUCGAAUUGGCGAGGACGAUUCCACACGUACAGAUACCCAUCCUGCUGCUGCAGGACCCUCGACUGGCGGCAUGGCCGGGCCCAGCAGUGUUGGUGAUGGGCGCACGCAGUCAUUUGAUAAGCGUCGCGCCGACGAGUCGCACGCACAUGACGUCAUCUUUGACGGCGACUCGAUCUACGACCAAGCACCGGGAGCUCCUGGCUCGUAUCCGCAGCACGGAGCUUUCGGUUCGACCCCUCGACACGCUGCGCCGGAUCCCACGGAAGUGGUCCGGGUAUCUUUUGCUAGGUCAACGGGCCCUGCGCUCGGCUCGAUCUGCAUGUCUGCAUUAAUUCUGGCCAUCGUAAAGACUCUGACCGUGAUCGCAGAGACGGCGCGCCGAAUCUCGGACGCUACCACACAUCGUAGGGUGCCCAAGCUUCUGCAGCCUCUUUCGCACGUGGUCGUAGCGCUCGCUGGGCUGGGAGCCGUAUUGCAGAGCUAUAGCGACCUUGCGCUCGUCUACGUUGGUGUCACCGGAGACGGUUUCUGGACGGCUGCCAAGAAGAGUGCUCAGUUGGUGAGCAACAGAGGCGUACAAGGUGUCAUGGAAGGUCUCGUCAUCAAUCUGGUGCUUGACUUGACCGCUAUCGCCCUAUCCUUCCUCGCUGGUUUGGUAGGCUUUCUCUUUUCGGCGCACCAGCUUCACGUGCCUGCAGAUGCGCCGUUGGUCGGAUUGUUGUGUGGCUUGCUUCCCUACUGGACCUUGCGCCUGUGUGCCGACGUUCUCAGCAACGCCUCAGACACGCUUUACCUUUGCUACGCUAUCGACCACGCAUCAAACGAUGAGCAUUGCCCCAAAGCGGUCGAAGCAUUCACUGCAAAGCCUACGGAUGUUUCUGAUUCCAUCCUUCCCUUCUGA